CCUGCCCUGGCCUCUCCGAAGAGGGAAACCGGGGAGGAGGCGCGUCUUCCUUUUGCGCGCUCCGCCUCUCCUCCCCUCUUCCUCCCCCCAGCCCAUCAUCUCCCCCCAACCCAGCCCAGGUUCUGCGGGGCUCGGCGAGACCCAAACCCGGCACCGGGGAGCUUCGGCUCGGCUCAGGAUUCGGAGAAAGCCAACGUCGGGCCCCGGUGCGCUCUCCAAAACAGAACAGCCUCUCCAAUGGCCAAGGGCGGUUGAUGAAGCUCUUUUUUUCCGGGGGCCACAGCCCUUCCGUGCCCCCCCUACCUUUCCUUCCCUUUGCCUCCUUUAUGUGCGUGGAUGCCGCCGAUGGAGGUUUGAAGGAGGCGUUUGGGGGGAGCGCUUUCCCAAGGUCCCCCCUUCCCAAUCUCUCUCCCUUCUCUCCCUUCUUCGCCUUGGCGCAGCGUCGGGGAGCCUUCCUUCUCUUCUCCAUGCCUCCCAACCCCCCCUGGAGAUGAAAGCAUGACCCCUCCCAUCGGGUGAGGCAAGCUGCACCCCAAAAGGGCCUCCACUGGUACGGUGUGUGCCAGUACCAUGGAAAAGCUUUUCCUGCCUCUUUUGAUGCUUGGCACCAUGGCGAAAGCUCAGCACUGCCCCGGCCGUUGCAUCUGCCAGAACAUCUCCCCGACGUUGACCAUGCUGUGUGCCAAAACGGGCCUCCUCUUUGUGCCGCUCUCCAUCGACCGGCGCACGGUGGAGCUGCGCCUGACGGACAACUUCAUCACCGUCAUCCGCCGGAAGGACUUCUCCAACAUGACCAACCUGGUGCACCUCACCCUCUCCCGCAACACCAUCAGCCAGAUCAUGCCCUUCGCCUUCUCCGACCUGCGUGCCUUACGGGCCCUGCACAUGAACAGCAACCGCUUGGCCGCCUUGAAGAACGAGCACUUCCGAGGGCUGAGCAACCUCCGGCACCUCAUCCUCGGGAACAACCAGAUCAACAACAUCGAGGCAUCCUCCUUUAACGAGUUCCUCUCCACCGUGGAAGAUCUGGAUCUGUCUUACAACAAUCUGGAGACACUGCCGUGGGAAGCCAUCGGGCAAAUGGUGAGCCUCAACACCCUCACGCUGGACCACAACCUCAUCGACCACAUUGCCGAGGGCACCUUCUCCCAACUCCAGAAGCUGGUGAGGUUAGACAUGACCUCCAACCGGCUCCAGAAGUUGCCCCCAGACAACCUCUUCUUGAGGGCUCAAGUGCUGGCCAACGUCCGUGGGACUCACCCUUCCUCCUUGACCAUCAGCUUUGGAGGUAACCCUUUGCACUGCAACUGUGAGCUUCUUUGGCUCCGAAGGUUAACGAGGGAGGACGACUUGGAGACCUGCGCAUCUCCAGAGCACCUGAUGGACAAGUAUUUCUGGUCCAUCCCUGAAGAAGAGUUCAUCUGCGAACCUCCGCUCAUCACCCGCCAAUACGCGACCAAGGCGUUCAUCAUGGAAGGACAAGGGGUGAGCCUCAAGUGCAAAGCCGUGGGGGACCCAGAGCCCUCCAUCCACUGGAUCGCACCCGAUGGCAAGUUGAUCCACAACACAACCCGGGCCACGGUCUACGACAACGGCACCCUGGACGUCCUCAUCACCACCUUGAAGGACAACGGCAUCUUCACUUGCAUUGCCUCCAAUGCGGCUGGAGAGGCCACCGCCCCUGUCGAAAUCUGCAUCGUCCCCCUCCCUUUGCUCGUCAACAACACUGCCCACAUGAAGGAACCUGACCCCGGCUCCUCCGACAUCACCACCUCCUCCAAAUCCGGAGCCAAUGACACCAAGAACCACCUGGACAAGAGGAUCGUCGCCGCCGAUCUGACGUCCACCUCGGUGGUCAUCCAUUGGCCCUCCGAGCGGCACAUCCCUGGCAUCCGUAUGUACCAGAUCCAAUACAACAGCUCCUUGGAUGACUCUUUGGUUUACAGGAUGAUCCCCUCCUCCAGCAAGACCUUCCUGGUCAACGACUUAGCGGCCGGCCGUGACUACGACCUGUGCGUCUUGGCCGUCUACGACGACGGAGUCACCUCCUUGACGGCCACUCGGGUGGUGGGCUGCGUCCAGUUCACCACCGAAGGGGAGGCUGCCCAGUGCCACUCGCUCCACACCCAGUUCCUGGGCGGCACCAUGAUCAUCAUCAUCGGGGGCAUCAUUGUGGCCUCCGUCCUGGUCUUCAUCAUCAUCCUCAUGAUCCGCUACAAGGUCUACAGCGGCCAGGAUGAGCACAAGAAAGCCAAAGUCAGCAACGUCUACUCGCAGACCAACGGGAGCCAACCUUCUUCUUCCGCCACCGGUGCCGGUUUGCCCCACUCGGCUUCCAAGCUUGGUGAGGACAAAUACGAGACUCUCCACGAGACGGCCACCAAGGGGGAAGCCAAGGAGGAGGCCCCCAACGGGCAGGAUGUCCUGGCCUUGACCGAAGUGGAGAAGCGCUCAGCCAAGGUGGCCGCGGACCUCCAGACGGUGGCCGUCUUGACCUCGGAGGAGAGGAAGGCGGGCGAAGGCAGCAUGACCGCCUCCUCGGUCUCCUUGUGCCUCCUCAAAGACGCCCAGCUCUGCGCCACCUUGGGGGGCAGUGGGUCGGGGGUCUUCCCCCGCGAACUGUCCAGGACUCACCACCACCGCCACUCCUUCGACGGGGACUUCUCCCUCUUCCAGAGCCACAGCUACCCCCGCCGGGCAAGGACAAAAAGACACAUGUCCACCUCCCAGUUGAACUCGGAAGAGUGUCCCCUGAGCCACAGGAGGGUCACUUUUAGCAGCACAGAGUGGAUGCUGGAAAGCACAGUCUGAGACCGGGCCAGGAGGGUCGAUAUGG